UCGACACCGUAAUCUUGAGAUACUCCAUAAGAUGGAAAGUCAAUUUAGCUGCAGCGGUCCAGUCUUCCAAUCAAAAUACGUGCCUCCCUCCUUGAGCAAAGAUCCUGUAAACAUUAGCCAGCAGCUUUACCAUGACACAAUACACAAACUAUCAACGAGUCAUCUUGUCAAAGGUCGACACUGUCGGAAUCUGUGGUGUCCAUCAACAUUGUUAUGGAUUGUGCUUUUUUUGACAAUGAAUGGCUUCGGAAUUGUGUUUAUAAUCUUCUCUGUUCGUCAACAAGCACUAGUUGAAGAGCUCGAUAAAGAACACGCACAGGGAAAAGAACUUUACACCACAGCGAAAAAUCCACAUGUUUUAUUUAUAAUGGCUGGAGUUUGUCAAUCCAUUGGGUUGUUUACCAUACUGUGGUCUGGUGUGUGUUGUUACUCAGAAUAUAAGGGUAAACGUCAGACUCAUCGUGAUCUCCGGGAACUGAACAAAAGACUUCUGCCAUCCAAAGUUUUAGUUGCCUAUAAAAGACAACGAUGUCUGGCAAACUUUACCAUAUGUUUUCUUUUUUAUGAUGUGACUCAGUGUGUAAAUCAUAUAGCUUUAGAAAAACACAACAAAAGAAUACGACAGCGUCAGAAUGGCGGUGAGAUGGAAUUUAUCAUGAAUCAUGAGGACAAUGUUCACUUGUUGGAUGAUACAACUGAGAUACCAAUGGAUGAUGAUCUUCAGGAAAGGAUAACUGAACUUUUGUUGAAUUUGAGCUCAGCAUAUUUAAUGGAAUAUAUGAAUGAAAGACUAGACCUGCCUAUCGAUUCCAUCAGACAUGCGUCACAAGCAAAGUGUCUUUGUCAGUUUGCAGAAUCAAUAAACACAAAUUUGGACAAUGUAAUUAAUGUAUAAUAAUUGUGUCUUAUUGUACACUCUCACCAGAAAUAGUUAUUAUCAUGCUCAAUAUAGAUAAUUAUAAAUGCAAUGAAAGACAACGUAACUUUUAGUUAUUUCAUAGCAGUUUAACUUUUCUACAAAUAAAUAUAUACCCGUACUUUACUUUUAAUAAGAUAUUUUUAUAUCUUAUUUUUGCUAUAUAUGACAAUAUUAUCUGAAAAAGUAAAAAGGAUGAAAUUAAAAAUUGAACUU